GACACCAAUCACAGAGACCUUGAGAGCAGUCCUUGGUGCAAAGGGAGAGAGAGAGAGAAAAAAAAUAUAUAUAUAAGGGGAACUGCAUAUAGUCCAUUGUUUCUUCUAUUUCCUUCCACGCAGGAACACCCUCCCCAAUAUCCACCUGCACCCAUCUGCUUGUCAUUCAGUAAAAAAAAACGGUAACCAUGCCAUUUAGCAACAGUCACAAUCUGCUGAAGAUGAAAUAUUCAGCCGCAGAAGAAUAUCCGGAUCUGAGCCAGCAUAACAACUACAUGGCUAAGGUCCUCACCAUGGACCUGUAUAACAAAAUGAGAGACAAGCAAACCCCCAGUGGAUACACUCUUGAUGAUAUUAUUCAGACCGGUAUUGACAACCCAGGUCACCCAUUUAUUAUGACUGUAGGCUGUGUUGCUGGUGAUGAAGAAACCUAUGAGGUCUUCAAGGAUCUCCUUGAUCCAGUGAUUCGGGACCGUCAUGGUGGAUACAAACCCACUGACAAGCACAAAACUGAUCUGAACCCUGCGAAUCUCAAGGGUGGAGAUGACCUGGAUUCCAACUACGUGCUGAGUAGCAGAGUGCGGACUGGGCGCAGCAUACGUGGUUUUUGUCUGCCCCCUCACUGCAGUCGAGGAGAACGCCGUGCCAUUGAGAAGCUGAUCGUGGAAGCACUGGGAAGCCUGGAUGGUGAAUUCACUGGAAAAUACUAUGCUCUGAAGAACAUGACUGAUCAGGAGCAGCAGCAGUUAAUUGACGACCACUUUCUGUUUGACAAGCCAGUAUCUCCGCUACUCUUAGCCUCGGGAAUGGCCCGUGACUGGCCUGACGCCAGAGGCAUCUGGCACAAUGAUGAUAAAAGCUUCCUAGUUUGGGUAAACGAAGAGGAUCAUAUCCGAGUCAUCUCCAUGGAGAAAGGUGGAAACAUGAAGGAUGUCUUUAACCGUUUCUGCACUGGGCUGGCAAAGAUUGAAAAUGUCUUCAAAAACAAGAACCAUGCGUUUAUGUGGAAUGAGCAUCUUGGUUACGUUCUGACGUGCCCCUCGAACCUGGGAACAGGUCUCCGUGCUGGGGUCCACAUCAAACUCCCCAAUCUCAGCAAGAAUGACAAAUUCGGUGAUAUCCUGAAGCGACUCAGGCUGCAGAAACGUGGCACAGGUGGUGUUGACACUGCUGCCGUUGGCGGUGUUUUCGAUGUCUCCAAUGCUGACCGUCUGGGCUUCUCUGAAGUUGAACUGGUUCAAAUGGUGGUCGACGGCUUGAAGCUGCUGAUUGAAAUGGAGAAACGCCUUGAAAAGGGCCAGUCCAUUGAUGAUCUCAUCCCAGCUCCGAAGUAAAGUCACUUUAUCGCACAACUUCUAAUCUAUUCACUGGAUAUAUUAUAAAAUUAUAAAAACCUCAAGAUGCCAGUCUAGGUUGGACAAAAAAGUCCUAAUGUACAAGUGUCACACAUACUAUCUGUAGCAAACUUCUUCCAUAAGUGUAGUAGAAAUUAAUUCUGGAAGUUUUGAUCAUUGCAUUGUUCUUGCUCGUGAUGGAUUUAACAAAAAACGAAUAAACAUACUUUGGUCCCUA